AACCAAAACAAGAGAAUGUACGCAAGCUCACAGGGCCAAAUCUCCCUUCUCUAAACAUAAAUUCCUUCUCUCUAGUUUUCCAUUAUCAGUCCCACGCGUCUUGGAUAAUGAUUGCAUAUAAGGCGUUUGACAAAAAGCCUCACACAAAUCCACCUCAUCAUUUUCGUUUCUUAUUACAGCCACCUAUCAUUACCCUUGUCACAUACUUCGUUCCUUGGCCGGCUAAAGCCCCGACGAUCUCUUACACUAUUUUUCUCCGUUGCCCAUUGCCCAUUGGCUUUCGUUUCUUUCUGUUUGUUGCCUUUUUAGCUUUACUUUGCUAACACACUCUCUCUCUGUCUCUGUCUCUCUCUUUUUUUUUUUUUUUAAGUUUUCUUUUUUCUCCAUGGCUUGGCCGGUUUUGCGUCGUGAUCUGUGUAACUUUUUAUGUAUGGGAUUCGAAAUAAUUUAAACCCUCUUUUUUUUUUUAAAAAAAAAAAAAAAAACAAUUUUUAUCUUUAUGGUCCAUGGUGUUUUUUGUUGGAUGGAGUUGAUGGUGGUUGAAUGGAGUUGGGUUUUUUGACGAAGGGAGACACUUUGGGAAGUCUUCGCUGUAAAGGCCCACCGUUUGUCCACAAGACCCCAUUUUGACUCUGUGGACCAAGGAUUCCUAAUAUGUUGCUUGGCAUCUUUUAACCCUUUUUUUUUUUUUUUUUUUUUUAAUUUAAAAAAAAUGGAAGGAAUAGUUUUUGGGUUUCUAAUCUCCAUCCAUAUGAAGUUUUCUUGGUAGAGAGGGAGAGAACGAGAGUGAGAGAAACAGACAGAGAGAGAAACCUGAGAGAAGAUCUCCCCUCACCUCCUCAGCCAUGGCUCCAGCUGGGAAGGUUUCUGAGUUUCACCGAGAAGGCAAUGACUGGUUCUGCAAAGCGGGACUGCCAAGUGAUAUUGUUGUUUCGGUGGAUGGCGUCAACUUCCAUCUUCACAAGUUUCCUCUCAUAUCAAAAUGUGGGAAAAUUGCUCAAAUACAUGAAGCGGCACAGCAAGUUACUCGGGAGAAGAUUUUUACAACAGUUCUGGAAGAGUUCCCUGGUGGCCCUGAUACUUUCUUGAUUGUAGCUAAAUUCUGCUAUGGUUUACGGAUCGAGUUGACUCCAAGAAACACGGUAAUGGUUUAUUGUGCAGCGGACUACCUUGAAAUGACUGAUGAGUAUGGAGAAGGGAACUUACUCUCUAAGUCAGAGACUUUCUUUUAUAAGAGCAUACUUCGCAAUUGGAAAGAUUGUAUCUUGGCUCUCCAAAGUUCUGAGACGGUUGUUCAUAGAGCGGAUAAACUCCAGAUUGUAAACAGAUGUUUAAAUGCUCUAUCUGUGAUGGUUUGUACUGAUCCUAGUUUGUUUGGGUGGCCCAUGAUGAUGUAUGGUAGUUUACAGAGCCCUGGUGGAAGCAUCUUAUGGAAUGGAAUAAACACCGGCGCAAGGAUUCGGAGCUCUGAAUCUGAUUGGUGGUUUGAAGACAUUUCAUAUCUCAAUGUCAGUUUGUUUGAGAGACUUAUCAAGACAAUGGAAGCGAAGGGUAUAAGACUUGAAAACCUAGUGGGUGCCAUAAUGUAUUAUGCAAGAAAGUAUCUACCUGGUCUAGGCAGAUGGCAGGUUGGACAAAGUGGUGUAACAAGAACAGUUGCGAGUUUCAGUCUGACACCUGUUGUGCUUGAUCAAAGGGUUGUACUGGAAAGCAUUGACAAGCUUCUUCCACAUAAAAAGGGGAAAUCCUUUUGCCGUUUUUUACUAGGACUACUCCGUGUUGCGUUGAUACUUGGCGUCAAUCAAAAGUGUGUGGACUCUUUGGAGAGGAGAAUAGGGAUGCAAAUGGACCUAGCGACCUUAGAUGGUCUUCUAAUUCCUAACUAUUCAGAUGCUGACACAUUAUACAAUACUGAUUGUGUUGAACGGAUAAUCCAUUAUUUUAAAUCAACAGAAUCAAGGAUUGCAUCAUUUUCUCCAUCAUCGUUUGACUUAGAAACAUCACCAUCAUCUGAACCCUUAAGAAAAGUUGCUAAGUUAAUAGAUAACUACAUUGCAGAGGUUGCUUCUGAUGUGAAUUUGAAGCCAACGAAGGUACGAUCUCUAGCAGAGGCAAUCCCAGGGUCUUCAAGAUCUUUGCAUGAUGGGCUGUACAGAGCACUGGAUAUAUACUUCAAGGCACAUCCUUGGCUUUCAGAGAAAGAGAAGGAAGAACUCUGCAACAUUAUUGACUUCCAGAAACUCUCUAUCGAUGCAUGUGCCCAUGCAUCCCAAAAUGAAAGGUUGCCACUUAGAAUUGUUCUUCAAGUCCUGUUUUUUGAGCAGAUGCAUUUGAGAACAGCUCUAGCUGGUUGCCUCCAUGUAUUGGACACUGAAAGUGCCCCUCCAGGUCCCAUGAAUGUCCCAGGUGACAUGACUGGCCAGAUUGUACAGAGGGAUGGAUGGGUAACUGUGGUACGUGAGAACCAGGUCUUAAAGGUGGAUAUGGAAAGGAUGAGAUCCAGAGUUCGUGAACUAGAAGAAGAAUUUUGUAAGAUAAAGGAAGAAAUGAAAAAGGUGAGCAAAUCACAUAGCUCCCUAAGUUCUCCUCGUAUGGUUGCAAGGAGAAUUGGUUGCAAUCUUCUUCCGCGAUCAUCUGAUGCUCAACCAGAUAUUAUUGACAGUACUAAUCCCACUCCAAGAGCAUCUGUUGAUAAGGCACGUCCUUCCGGUCAUUCUAGGCAUCGGAAAAGUUUUUCAUUGUUUUGAAAGCUAGUACAAUAGAAGCAAAAUCUGCCAUGGUACCUAAAGACUCUGUUUGGUACUCAGAAAGUUUGAAAAGAAGGGGACUAAAUUAGCUCUUCUAGUAUAUUUGAUCCGUUAUGAGCAGUUAUUUUUCCCUACCCUCGCAUUUUCUGCGGACCAAACAGAGAGAAAUAGAUGGCAUUUAUUCAAACAAGCAAUUAUAACAUCUCAGUCUCUUGGAUGGGGAAAAACAGCUCCAUCCCACUCUAUUUGAUGCAUUCCCCCGUUUUGGAUGACAUAGAGAGAUUCAUUCCCGCUCAAAGUGAGGCUUUGACAAUUAACAAAGAGUGAACUCAGAAAUGCAUGCAAACUUCAAUACGAGUAAAUAUACCUUGUUCAUAUAUAGAAAAGAUUUACUUAUUUUAUUUUAUUUUAUUUUUAUUUUUUCCAUUUAAUAGUUAUGUGUCUGUCUGUGGACGUGUCUGUUUGUAUCUUUAUGAACUGAGUUGUAAGUCACUCAAACAUUGAAAAGAUAUAUAGAUUCUUUUUAGAUA